AUGGCUGAAUUUGGAGAGAUCCUGCGUAACAUCGGAGAAUUUGGAAAAUUUCAGAAAAUCACCCUUUUUGCUCUUUGCUUCCCAAAUCUCAUUCUGCCUUUUCACUUUGCCAACCUAUUUUUCAUCCAGUCAGAUCCUGAACGGCACUGUAACACAAACUGGGUCCUCAAGGCUGAUCCUAACCUAACCUCACAUGAGCAGCUGAACCUGACUCUGCCUCGGGAGGAGGAUGGGACCUUCAGCAGGUGUCGGAUGUUUGUGCCUGUGGAUUGGAACAUCAGUGACAUCAGGGAGUAUGGACUCAAUGAAACCACAGGGUGCCAGAAUGGAUGGGUGUACGGCAACAUGAUAUAUGAGGCCACUGUAGUAACUGAUUUUGAUCUAGUUUGUGACCAGGCUAAUAUGGUAGAAGUGGCGCAAGCAGUGUUGAUGGCUGGCAUUCUUGUUGGGUGUCUCGUAUUUGGACCUUUUGCUGAAUCGUUUGGUCGUAAACGGGCAACUCAGAUGCCAGUCAUUGUAAUGCUCAUAUUUACUGUAACAACUGGAAUAUGUCCAAACUUCCCCUUGUACUUGGUAUCCCAGUUUAUAUUGGGCAUUGGCUAUGGAGGUUAUCGACUUAAUAGCGUUAUAUUAGCCACUGAAUGGAUUGGGGUGUCCAAAAGAUCAUGGGGAGCAUGUGUGACUCACAUGUUUGGUGCAGUUGGACAGUGCAUCCUUGCUGGUAUGAUUUACUUUGUCAGGGACUGGAGACUGGCUCAGCUAAUCACAGCAGCUCCAAUUGCAGUGAUUGCUAUUUACAUAUGGUUUAUUCCAGAGUCGGCCAGGUGGUUAUUGGACAGAGGGAGGACAGAAGAGGCUAAACAGCUGCUUGUAAAGGUGGCAGCCAUUAACAAACGUACUGUUCCAGACCACCUGCUGGAAGAGAUCGUUGUCAAAGAAACUGAGAAAAAGGGAGGCAUAAUAAUUCUUAUCCAAUCACCUCUGCUUAGGAAGUAUUUCUUUACCAUAAUAUUCGCAUGGUUCUCACUGAAUGUUACCUACUACUGCCUUUCAUUCAAUGUGGGAAAUUUUGGCUUGGACAUCUUCCUGACACAGCUCAUGUUUGGUCUGACUGAACUACCAGCUCAUAUACUUUGCAUCUGGUUGUUAGAAGCAGUAGGGAGAAAAAUAUCCCUCAUGGCAACACUUCUAAGUGGAGGAUUCUUGUGCAUCUUAAUCCUAGCUUUUCCUCAAGAUAAUGCUGUUGCUAUUACCGUACUGGCAACCUCAGGACGUUUUUUCGCUAACUGGGCAGGAUCCAUAUGUAGUGUGUAUAUUCAGGAGCUGUUCCCGACAUCUUUCCGACAAACUGCCUCUGGUUUGGGCUCCAUUGCGAGCAGAGCUGGUGGGUUGCUGUCUCCACUGCUCAACAUGUUGGCCGUGUACCACUGGUCCAUACCCGUCGUAGUCUUCAGCAGCCUUACACUGAUUAGUGGAGGUCUUGGCUUCCUGCUUCCCGAAACCAGGAGAAGAGAGCUCCCUGAUUCAACCGAUGAGGCCGAGAGCAUCAGAAAUAAGAGCACCAUGAAGAAACAAAGAGGAUCAAAACUCCAUCCACACAGCAAAUCAACCAAACUGUAG